AAGAGACAACUGCAGUUAAAAUGGCAAAUGAAAACACAGAGGGGAACCCCCCAACAACGCCGCUCCUGGCCACAAGGAACCUUGCCUGGGCCGGUGUACAAUAGCAGCUCCUUGUUGUGGGACCGACGAGUAUAUAAAUUCCAAUUAUUAAUAGGGUGGAGGGUUUGA